ACCUACUCACACAAUUGAGCUCACAGGGCCAACCAACCACCUACCUCUUACCAUGGUCCUCUCCUCUGUGUGUCCUGUUGGAAAAGGAAAGGCUUAGAAAUACUGUGACAAAUUAAUCAAAGCAAAUCAAAACAAAAUAAAAGAAAAAUAAACGAAAAAACAGAGCUGCAUUCUCACCACAUGAGCAGACACGUGAUCUAGGAUCUCUCGCUCUCUCUCACUGUGAGAUCCUAUUCCUCCGAUCUGCGUUUCUCUCUCUUUCUCUCUCUUUUCCACUCUGGGGUUUGGAUCUGAACAGAACGGAACAGAAUCAUGUUCCUCUUCGACUGGUUCUAUGGCAUUCUGGCUUCCCUCGGUCUCUGGCAGAAAGAAGCUAAGAUUCUCUUCCUCGGUCUCGAUAAUGCCGGCAAGACCACCCUUCUUCACAUGCUCAAAGAUGAGAGAUUAGUUCAGCACCAGCCGACCCAACACCCCACUUCGGAGGAAUUGAGCAUUGGGAAGAUCAAGUUUAAAGCUUUCGAUUUGGGUGGUCAUCAAGUUGCCCGCAGAGUCUGGAAAGACUAUUAUGCAAAGGUGGAUGCUGUUGUUUACCUGGUCGAUGCCUACGACAAAGAGAGGUUCGCAGAAUCUAAGAAGGAGCUUGAUGCCUUGCUCUCAGAUGAAGCCUUGGCAAAUGUUCCAUUCCUUGUGCUAGGCAACAAGAUUGACAUCCCAUAUGCGGCUUCAGAAGAUGAACUACGAUUUCAUCUAGGCCUGACCAACUUCACCACUGGCAAAGGAAAGAUCAACCUCACAGAUUCCAACCUUCGACCUCUCGAAGUGUUCAUGUGCAGCAUUGUUCGCAAGAUGGGGUAUGGUGAAGGCUUCCAGUGGCUUUCUCAGUAUAUCAAGUAGAGUUCAGCAUCAUUUUUUGUUCCCCUUUCCCUUGUCAAACUAGCCCUUUCUGCAGUUACAUCAGAAGAGAUUUUACCUUUGUUUUUGCCUUUGAUCAUUUUGAUUGGAUUAUUUGAUACAACUGCAGUAAUAUUACAUGAUAAACUCUGUAUCUUCAAAGAUUUUUUUGGGGGAAUGUUCUCCUUUAAAAUACUAAAUUCUGUUUAGGAUGAUAUGAUUGGGCACAAAAAUAAUUUUGC